ACACACACACACACACACACACACACACACACACACACAGUUUUGGGCAUCAAGGGCUUCCAUACAUCACUGUCAAAACAAAGCGAGAAGCGGAUUACAUAAAUGGAAUUUGCCUACUCUGGUCUCAUGUGCCACCCAGACCUGGAACAGUGCAGGACCGUGCGUACUCCGGUACUCUUAACUCUUCGUGCGUAAAAGUUCACAAAAUGGGAACUGUUAAGAGGGUCCUGAUCGCCAGUCUUUGUGUGGCUUACCUCGCUGUAAAGUGGUAUGGACCGAGUUUUGAUGCAGGUAAGAGAGACGCAACGUACAACAUCGGAGUCAUUGUGAUUUGCGGUCCUAAAAGAUUAUUUAUGAAUGUAUUUGUUGUGUUUUGUCGUUUGAAUACAUGCAUAUGGCUCGAAAACAGUCGAUGACAGGUGACACAAUAUUAAGCCUAAAGGUGUGCAAAUGUGGUACAACAAUGCUGAUAUCUUUUGAGUUUUAAACCACAUUUGAUUUGAUUUAUUAUCGAUUUUUUACUCCCCCUUAUUAUGUUUUUCAGCAGUUGUUCUCGGGCUGCAGCUCUCUAUAGUAAAGACAAAAAUUCUUCAACUUGACUGUGCGCCUGUUUGAGAUGCUGGAAUAAAUUAGCCGUGCUGAUGCUGCGUUUGCUGCCACGGGACAAGAUGCUACUUUAUCAUUUUUAGCAAUGACUUUGUGAAAACAAAAGGCUUUUUUCAAAUCGGUGUAGGAUUUAUAUUCCAAAUUCUUUUGAUAAAAAGCAUUAGAUUAGAUCUUGUCAAAGUGUGAACUCCUUGCAAGGAGGAACAGCCACAUUGUGUUGAUUAAUCUUCAAUUUUCUUAACAUCAGUGGAUAUACUUUACCACUGUCUGAUUUCUCUAACACACACUAGAAUCCACAGUUCUCUCCCCAACUUCUCCAAAUGUGACAUGGUCAACAAGACAAAGCAUCAGACUUCAUAACAAUGAGAGGUAAAUAGCCCAAGGAGGUGGAUCAGAAAGGAAACUGUCCCCAUAUUUACCUGGCAAAGAGAAAGUUUGUUAAGCUCUGAGUUACACUGACUGUCUUGAGGAAACUCUCAUAUUGAAUUCAUCAAGCUCUAAGGAUGGUCUGACAAAGUACUUUUCAUUUUUAUGAACUGUUCGUCGCUUUAGCAAAAGACGUUUCUAGAUGUAAGACACUGUGUCUUCAGGUCAUUUGAUAAAUGAUUGGGCACGGUGCAUAUCUCACAGAGCAAUAGUCCAAAUUGUAUAACUUGUUUAGAUUUCACAGUGGUUGUGAUAACACUGAAACAGCUUUGUCUACUCUGGCAUCUUUCCAACUAAUCUCCACUUUAGUUUCACCCUGUCAUCUGCAUCCAGUCACCUAAGGACAUACAUGAUCCAUGUGCUGUAGCAUGAUGGGUAUACUUUUCAGAUCAAUUUAGACAAGAAUAUUAAAGUCAAACAGGCUCUUGAUCUUCAAUAGGAAGUAGUUUUACUUAAGUGCUGUCAGUGAUAGCCCAUGGGUAAUGUUGUUUUACAUUGACAUAUGGCUUGAUAUUCUUCCGGAUUUCCACUCUCCAUAACCUUCUCAAAUGCUGGCUGAAUGAGAAGAAGGGGUUAGUUUUAGGCUGUUUUUUUGACAUACAUAUGGCUUGCAAAUAGGGAUGGGCAUGGCAGUUCAUUUAGAUGUACUGAAUCACUAGAAUCAGUUCACUAAAAAGAAUCAUUCAAAAGAUUCGUUCACUGAAUCAUCCGCCGGUCCUGUCAAGAGCUUGAUACAUCUGGUGAGUCUCACUCUCUUCUAAUUACUGUCAGCCAAACGUUUUAGGUUUGUUUUAUUGGGAACUAAAUCUGUUAAAACAAACGGGAACAACGGUCGCCAAAGUAUAUCCCUCAGACAAAGAUGAUCCAGGAGAGUGUAGUUCACUGAGUGAUUCGUUCAUCGAAUGAUUCAGGCGUCCCUCCCUCCCUGCAGCGACUCGCUACGGCAGCUGCACUGCUGACAGCUCAACUGAACUGAGAAACGAACGAAUCUCUCUGAAGAUUACGUUCUCUGAAAAGAUUCAUUCUUUUGAACGAAUCAUUCACGAACGACGCAACACUACUUCCAAACUGUAACCCAGCUGUCACAUAACCUUUGGGCAUUCCAACAUCGGUGUGAUUUUAGGUCCAACUGACAUCUGUUUGAAUUCAAGAUGAGGAAAACGUGUCAUGUUUCAAACUAGAGUGGCACCCAAAGAUUGUAAAACUUCACCCAGGCCAAUAUUGGAGUCCUCUACAAGUGCAACAUCAACGCAUACUACCAUAGUAUAAACCUAAGGCUUAUAUACUUAAAAUGUUAUUACAAUAGGACUCAGAUCAGCUAAUUUUUUCACGUUGUAAAAUAUUCUUGGUCAACUUGUGACUGCAAAAGUUUUACGAGACCUGGAGCUCCCACACAGAAGCCUUUAUUGAAGCUAAAGGAUCACGUACAUGAGCACAACAUGUUAACACUGUGUUCUGGGAUUUUUCCCUGAAGGUUUUCUUCGUGGUGGGGAGUGCUAACCUGCUCAAAAGAUUCUUUCAGUGAUAUACUAGAAAUCUGGAUAUGGUUCAUGGUCAAGUUAAAGAAUUCAAAAGGUUGUACUGUAGAUUUGAUUUUAAACAAGUGAACUAAGCUUUCCUCUGUUAACACAUAAUUCAUGUUUUAUAACGCUUUAAAAAAAGUAGACAGUUACAGCUGUUUAGAGUCUGGGGCAAAGUGCACCAUACAUAAGCAGGUAUGUGAUUUGCAUGAACUCAUUUGGAAUUCUAGCAACCUGAGGGGGAAUACUCCCGCUGAGGAGUCAACCAUGUACAGUGCAGAUUAAGCCUGUGAACAAGAAGGUCAUCUAAUUUCCAUUCUCUAGUUUCUUUAAGGAUCCUGGUCAAGUUUUCUUUUUCUCUCUUUCUUUUCAUUAUCUUGCCAGCAAACAGACAGCUCCAAAACUUUUCCAUCAAACAUAGAUCGCCAAGCAGAACCGCAGCCAUUUUCAUACAGUAUGAACAUUUUUCAUUUUGUUAGCUCCUUUGGAAGAGGAAACUCAAGUUUUCUUAUAAGUAUGAUGCUUGAUAGGUCAGUGAAACCAUAAAAAGCAACUAAACUCUGUAAUUUCAUAUCACAAGAUGACUUUUGUAUUGGCGUGUCACUAUUUUAGAUUUUCUGAACGCUGGAAAAAUCGAACACUUAGAAUUUCUUUAUCUUCAAUCAGCAUUUGUGAUGCCCAUUCAUUGCACAAAGGUCGACUAGCACCACAGAGCAGACUAUAUAAAGAAGGAGGCUGUGCAGCAUCCUCAUGGUCCCCCUCUCUCGAGUUUGGGUCCUUCUAUCCUCGUCAUCAUCGUAUUUUGGAUUGCGCAAAACAUUUAAAUUUCCCAAUGAUUAAAGUUUAAUGGUCCCCUGGGGAAAUGUGGGACAAAACCAAAACCAAGCGAGUAAUUGGCAGUAAUUGAUGCUUUUCGCUCGCAAUAGAGGGGCCAGUAACAGAGGAAGCUUAGCAUUUUGGUUGUGGGGAUGCAGUGUGUGGGCAAGUUUCCACAUGCAAUACAAUGAUAUGGUUUGAUUCAACGGGCCACUGUUAAUUUAUGCCCCCUAACAAUUUUAACAGUAUGUUAUACUAUGCUGCAGCUGAUAGUGGAUCUGAAUAGAAAAUUCAUUUUGAUGCUUUUAUGACUGGAAAUGAAAUUUGGAGAUUUGUUUCAGAUGCACUCUAUAUUUUUACCUUGUACACUUCAGUGGUACUUUGUUCUAGAUGCGCGGUUAUACAUGUGAGUCUAGUCAACUCUUGUCUUAUCUUUUUUAGCACUUACAAUAAAGUGUGAAGAAAACAUAAAUCUCUGUACUUAAAGAGAGAUUGGUUGAGAAGAGAAUAUUGUCCAAGUUUGUAUCUCACCAAAAUUAUUAUGACUGCAGGCAAAGAUUAAAGGCAUUAAAUGGAUCAACCAGGGCUCUUAAUUACAUCCAAAAGAUAUCAAGACAUAAAAGACUGAUGCAAAAAAGAGGACAAGUUCAUACAUAACAUAAAUAUGUAACAGCUUUUUCCACUGCAGGAUGACAAGUCUUCUUUGUAUUCAGUUACUGUGUGUGACAACUACACAUUUUAAAUUUACCAAAAUAACAUUUAAGAUCUUUCAUGUUGGUUCAGUCCACAGCACAGCAGAUUCUUCACAGUGUCCCUCUUUUCAACGUUAAACAACUACCAUAAGAACAAUUGUAGUACUUUUCUGUGUUACGGUAUAAUGCCCAGCAGAUGGCACUGGAAGUUCAAGCUACUGCUUUGCUGCCAAAUUGGAAGUGAGGAAGACAAAUGUGGCAGGACCACAGUGUGGCAGCUUUUCUCCCUCAUUAGCUAACCAUGCAUAGAAAGAAAACAGUGGUAUACUACUGGGUAGAUAAAUCUUGUUGUGCACUCCAAAUCCUUCUCAGUUUGAGACACCUAAUAACCCAUAGAUGGGAGUGUUGUCAACUCCGCUCGUGCAAGUUAAUCCUGAUAUUCUCACACAGUUUUGUACAUCACAACUACAAACAUCACCUGUACUGAGCUUAACUAUCAGUAGUUUGCAGAUAACGUCCUGCAAUGUUUUACAGAAAUGUUUUCUUGUGGACUUAGUUGAAAACAGUCAAAAGUUUAAACCUUUUAAUCUCAGGAACAUCCCAAAAAAUGGACUGCAUCUUGUUCACCAGUGCGACUUAAUCUCUGUAUUUUACAGUAAAUAAAAUGAGUUAUAUUGAGCGGCAGUGGAUCAGGAGGUAGAGCGCUCAUCUAAUAACUGGAAGGUUGACGGUUCGAUUCCCCUGAGUCUGUUCGUUGUGGCCUUGGGUGAGACACUUAACUCACCUUGCUCCCAGUGUGUGUCCUCCACUGGUGUAUAAUUGUGAGUGUUGUGUGGUGGUGGUCAGAGAGGCUGUAGGCACAAACUGGCAUCCACUUUUCCGUCAGUCUGCUGCAGGGCAGCUGUGACUAUUAAGGUAAUUUACCACCACCAAGGUGUGACUGUGUGAGUGAAUGUAUGAUGUAUCAAAUGUGAAGCGCUUUGAGGGUCUCUGGUAAAGCACUAUAUGAGAUUCGAUGCAUUAUUAUUAUUAUUGUUCUAGUUUGACCCAGGUUUCAUCUUUUAUAAUUGAGGAAGUGGCUUUAGGACCACAGCCAAUCACCAAAAGAACGCUAAAACUUUUGGUCUCACUUAGGCAAAGUUGUAAAAAUAUUCUAGACCUUUGUCAAUAGUAUUCAUAUUGUCAUAAAAGCGUUUUUGUGUUAAAAAAAAAAAAAGGUUUUGUGUGUCUCUUGUACCCCUCAGAAUCUCUCAAAGGAGCCAGAGUUUUGGUGACAGGGGCCAGUACAGGUAUAGGAGAACAAAUGGCAUAUCACUACGCUCGCUUUGGUGCACAGAUAGUCAUUACAGCAAGGAGGGAGAAAGUGUUACAACAGGUCAGUGAAUCUAACAGGUAAAUGAACCCAAACAUCUGAACAGUAAAUAUUUGAUCAUAUGGGUGCUAAUAGCUGUGUCAACAGCCUUGAGAGUUUUGUGUCCCUGCUAAAGGUUAAUGACAAACAAGUGCUGCAUCUUUCUGAUGUUUUCUUUCAGGUGGCAGAGAAGUGCCAGAGUUUGGGGGCUCAGAGUGCCUUCUACAUAGCAGCAGACAUGGCCAGUGUGUCUGACCCUGAUAAAGUGGUAGAUUUUGCCCUAGAGAAGCUUGGAGGGUUGGACUACCUGGUUCUCAACCACAUAGGCCCAAGCCCCUUCAGCAUGUGGGAGGGAGACGUGGACCACACCAGGUGGCUGAUGCAGGUACUGCAAGAUUUUGAUGAGCUAUCUGCAGACCGAAUGAGGAGAAUACUGCACACUAAUCUUUGUGUGUCUGUGUGUGCUUUUAAGGUCAAUUUUUUCAGUUAUGUUCAAAUGGCUUGGAAAGCUUUGGCCUCGCUUGAGCAAAGUAAAGGAUCGCUGGUGAUUGUGUCAUCGCUUCUGGGUAAGUUUGCUGCUUUCAUGUAAAACUAUGAGGUGCAUCAGAUUAGCUAUGUUUAUUUUUUAAAAACAAUUGUGCAGUCACCUUUUAAAAUGUAUUGGCAAGCACAAAAUAUGGAAGCCGAGAACACGCUCGCAGUUAAGGUGAUUGUUUAAUUUUGAAACAUUUACGGUCCUGUAUGUUUAAUAAGUGAUUUUUAAGAUACCCUGUAAGGCAUGUCAUGCAAUUAAAACCAUCUGCACACACACAAAUCCUCUGUAUAUCAUGAAUUGUUCGUUUAUUAAGGAAAUCCCCAGUGUCAUGCUGGUGACCAAAGAUGGUGUCUUAUGACUGUACAAGAGAAGGUCAUCACAUCAAUUAGAUAAAACUUGCACAACAGCAGUAUUUGAUUCUCCUUAUGUUUGGAUUCUUGUGGUUUGGUCCAAGAAAGAUCAUAGUUACAGCUAAAACAACAAUGGACAAACAUGAUCUAGCCUUUUCCUAACAUACUAAAAUACAUCAAAGACUGGUGCAUCUCACAGCAGCUCUUAUCUGUAUGUUUUUAUUGCCACAAAUCAAAUUGUGCUGAAAAGAACUCCACAGAGCCCUAAAUUUCCAGCACAUUUCAUCUGGAUUUUUUUUUUAAUUGAUCUAAAGGGAUCUUCUUUUACAGGUAAAAUGUCCAGCCCCUUUGUUGCACCAUAUACCUCAACAAAAUUUGCCUUGAACGGUUUCUUUGGGGCACUUGGUCACGAGCUGGCUAUGAAGAAGAGCAAUGUGUCCAUCUCUAUAUGCACACUGGGGCUCAUUGAUACAGAAGCAGCAAUGGAUAAAGUCAAGUAAGUUCGGUUUACAAGUGUUGUUCUCAUUUAAGUGAAAAGUCCAUGUGUCUGACACAUGUGGAAAUCACUGGUGCUUUUAUUCCCAACAGUCACAGCUGAUGUGUAUAGUACUUAAUCACAGUGUUUUUCUCCAUCCUAGAGGUGUCACUAAAGUACCAGCCUACCCGGCCACUGAUGCAGCCUUAAACAUCAUCAUUAGUGGAGCUACAAGACAGACGGACCUGUUCUACCCUUGGUUUACCCAAGUCGUGACUCUCAGCAAAGACUGGUUCCCAUCUUUCACAAGCUAUGUAAUCCAGAACUCCUACAACUACACCCCAUGACCACCUCCAUCUGUACCAUUAUGCAGUAAAUGUCCUGGAUUUUUUUAACAAGUUAAUUUUUUAAAAAGCUUUAACAACACAUCCAACAUGAAUUGAGACACAUGGCGCGAAGGUUUCAUGGACAAACUGUCUGGUAGAUUCUGUUUCCCAAGUUUAGUCCUGAGACUAUAAUUCAGACCUUUGGCCCAAAUUAUUAACCUCUCAUGUGGAAAACACUUUUUCCCUACAGCCAAAUUGAUCAAGCUCCUAUUUCUAAAAACUGACCCUUGUUCGUCUGUCAUACUCUCAGGUUUGGAAGAGGCCUUAAGAGUCCACUGAGAGGAAAGUUUGGCUUGUCUCAUUUCUUAGUACAGUCAGUGUGAUCUGUCAGCUAAGGGACCAAGGGUUUCAAGAACCAAAUAGUCAAAAGUCUGACUAUUUAAGAUAAUGUGAACCUGAUAGAGAAGCCUGGGAAGUUAGGGGCCAAUCCCAAUUGUACCCCUUAGCCCUUGUCUUACCCCUAAGCCCCUAAUCCGUUUUGUGGGUUCAGUCAAACCAAGGGGUGUCCUAAUUCUCUGUAAGGUAAGGUGAAGGGCUAAGGGCAAGGGGUACACAGCCCCUGAAAGGAAGACAAACCGAAGCCUCAUUUGAAAGCAAGGGACAAGAAUAUUGAUAUGAUUUUUACAAUAAUGGCACUUCUGUUUUAUUAGAUAUUCAAUCCUUUGCUACUCCAAGUAAAUAUUAGCUAUGUUUUGAAUUGUUUGCGUUUUAAAAUCACACGUUAUGACAAGCUAGCUAACUAAGCUAUAGCUAUUAAUAGCUACACUGAUGUCAGACUCGGGUGACAAAUUUACUGCAAAUGGCAAGGCUUGAUGACGUAGCAGGAAUCGAGUGGCGUCUUCUUUCUUAGGGGCAUGUUUUCACCCUUUCCCCUUGGCCCUCUGUUUUCAGGGGACAGACGAAGAGGAAAGAGUAAAUGUCCUGAAUUUUUUUUUUUAAGUUAAUUUUUUAAAAAGAUUUAACAACAUAUCCAAUUGGGAUUGUCACAUUGGGACAAUCUCAAUUGUCCCAAUGUGACAAUUGAGAUUGCCUCUGAGUGUCUGACUGGCAUGGCUGACUCACAUUAAAUUUGAUAGUUGUAGCUUUUUUUCCCCUUUCAAUACUCCAUCAACUGAUUUGAUACUCAAUCACUGUUAGUCAUUUACAACUAGCUCCUUGUUUUCAUUAGAUGUAUUCAUGUCCCUCCAUUUUUAAGAGGCAGCAGGUAUUAGGAUACCCUUGAAAACUAAAUUGCAAGUGAAAGAGAAUUAGUCUCAGAAAUGCAAAAAUGAAGUUUCAUAUUCUGUUGUAAUGUUGGGGAUGAGGUCAAUAUGAGCAUGCUGACAAGAGUAGGAUUUACCUCGGUGAGCUUCGGGUCACAUUAACCUUAGUAAAACAGGAGGUGUGUGCAAUAUAAUGUCAAAUUGAACUUUGGAUUGCAGUCACAGCGACCCAAAGCUGGAAGGUAGUCACAAAAAUAAAAUGAAUGUGAACACGUGAUCUGUAUGUACUUGUGAACAUGUAUGUUACAUGAAAGUUCUUAUUACCACAAUGAUGAAUAAAUCCCUACAAAGCUGUGAGGACCAUUACAUUCAACACAGAAACACCAGUAACAUGGACAGUUUCCCAGAGACUUGAGACUUCAGAGACCAGGAGGAACUUGGCUGUGAAAGUCAGCGAUGGCAAGGAUGAUGUGGCACUUGUUAAAAUGCAUUAAUUUUGAGCAACAGGCAGGAAGCAGUGACUGUUUAUGAGUUAGCAGAAACAAUACAGAUGGAAUAAUGGAGACUUCAAUAACUAAAAGGCCCAACACGAUAGACAGAAAAUAGCACUUAGUAAUAUAUGACACAGAUGUUAAAUUUGCUGAAAGAAAAGGAGAUGCAAAAGUAGAAAUACUAAAGCAAUCAACAUUGAACAAGCAGAGAACGGAUUAUGUAGAAUUGAGUGAGAAUACAGCAUCACAUAAAUGCAAUAAAUAUGCAGUUUACUGUAUGUGACUCCUCUCAGCAUUUACUACUUGUUUCAAUGAGGUUCCUGUUGAGUUUGUAAUGAUCAAACAUGUAAUGUCACCGCAGAACUGAAUCAUCAAAAUGACCAGAUAACUGAAAUGCCAAGGUCAACUAUGACUGGAAAUAAAAGUAAUAUAUAGUCAGAAAGGAACAUCGAACAGAGGAUAGAAGUGACACCCAAAUGCAAGCUCAGUUCAGCAUCAGAGAAUCUGACCGAGGCACAUUUCAGGGUAUUCCCUCUCACAUUAAAUCGUCUGGGCUGAGGUGAAGAAAUUCAGCAAUUUCCCUGAAAUCGACCCUCCACUGGAAAUAUACCAAAGUUAUGCAGAUUGGCUAAAGGGUAACGUAUUAUGAACAGGUUCCAAGUUUAACUCUCAAAAAGGUUAAGUUAUCCUCUUAUUUGCAUGACCUGUAAUUCAUUAUCUACGGUAUCACCAAAAAUAUCAAAGCACAAAAAGCAAUGAUUCUGCUGGUUUCUUACAUAUUGUAUUUGACGUCUUAAUUCUUCUUUUCUGUGACAAUGAAUAAGCCAACCAUGCACCUUGAUCCUGCUCAUUUAAAAGCCAUGGUGUCAUGUAGGCUCACGCCGGUUGGGCAUUUAAGUCAAUGCAUAACACAAUAAUCAAAUACAAAGUUAAAACCUCUUGAAUGUUAUUGUGUCUUAAAAUUGUUUGAAUCAACUUUUAAAAAUCCAUAAUUACUUUAAAAACUUGAAGACACAAGGGGUUUUCAAGUGCUUGGAGCUGCCUGUCAACAGAGGCGCCUCUGUAAACUUAGUGUAGUACUUGAAACCUCCACAUGAGGACAAUAGUGCCAAAGUAGUGAGGGAUCAUUUUCAUCCUGUCAAGAAAAAGAAUACAGCAGUAGAGCACUGUGUUUCUGGUUGCAUAUUUAAGAAUAAAUACAUUUCUAAAAAAUAAA